AUGGCCGCCGACGAGGAGCACGAGGGCGCCUCCAUCAAGGAGCAGCUCAUCGCCGCCUGCCGCGGCAACAACACGGACCUCCUCACCGAGCUGCUCGACGGCAAGCCCGACGACGAAAUCACCUCGCUCCUCAACCGCACCGUGACCGUCAUGGGCAACCACCUCUACCACGAGGCCGCCUCCCGCGGCAACUACGAAGUCAUCGACCUCCUCCUCGACCAGCCCGCCUUCGAAUGCGACCCCGUGAACCGCCUCGAGGGCGACACCCCCCUCCACUCCGCCAUCCGCUGGCUCAACGCCGAGCCCCCCGCCCAGCGGCCCUUCGGCCUCGCCCUCGUCUCCAUGAUGCUCGAGGCCGGCUCCAGCCCCCGCGCCCGCAACCGCGCCCGCCUCACCCCCGCCCAGCUCGUCGACCCCUCCAACCAGGAGCUCAGGGACCUCAUCCGCCAGCACGAGUACGCCAGCCAAAACGCCGGCGACUUUGCCGACGUCGUCGAGACGUCCAACCCCGCUAGCAACGGCACGGGAGCGAAAUCGGCCGCUGUGCUCGACGCGCAGGCGAGCGAUGACGAUGACGACGAUGCAGAGUUUAGCGGCAGUGACGACGAGGAGCGCGCCGAGUGGGAGCGCAGGAGAAGGGAGCGCAAGGCACGGAAGUGA